ACACUCUUCCCAGCACUGUUCAAGGACGCCUUCAAUGGCAGACACACUAGGAUUGUGAAGGCAAUGGUGGCAGCCUGGCCUUUCCCCUGUCUCCCUGUGGGGACGUUGAUGAAGACUCCCAACUUGGAAAUCUUCCAGGCUGUGCUCGAUGCAGUAGACAUGCAUCUGAAAAGAGUGUUUCACCCCGGCGAGAAACUUCAGGUGCUCGACCUGAGGAAUGUUCACCAUGAGUUCUGGAACAUAUGGACUGGAAGAGAGGAUGGGGCCUGUUCAGCAGAGACUGUGGAUGAGAGGCCUGUAGUGAAGGUCCUUCCCAGAUAUGCACUGAGGUGGCGGCAUCUGAAGGUGGUAACUGACCUCUGCCUCAGGCUCCGUCUGAAUGAAGAGCAAACAUGCUUCUUGCAGUGGGUCCAGCAGAGAAAAGACUUUCUACAGCUGCACUGUAUAAACAUGAAGAUCUGGACUGUGCCUAUGUGCACUGUCAAAGAGAUCUUGAGUGUUUUCCACCCAGGACGCAUUGAGGAGCUGGAACUGAACACGGGGUGGGAUGUGUCCACACUGGCACGAUUUGCUCCCUGCCUUGGACAGAUGCGGAGUCUUCGCAAAUUCUCCCUGGCCCGCAUCUGUAGGAACACUUUCAGGACUGGAACCAGGACAGCAGACAGAGAAGAGAGGUGCAUCAGCAAGGUCAUUGCUCAGUUCUCCAAACUCCACUGUGUGCAGCAUCUCUCCAUGAAUGGCAUCUUCUUUCUCAAAGACCACAUGAAACAAAUACUCUGGUGCCUGAGGAACCCCUUGGCGACUCUCUCCAUCACACGCCUCCACCUGUCACAGUCGGACUUG